CUUCGUAGUUUGUAGUAUGUUUAAAAUAUCAUUGGCUGAAAUAUUUUACUUUUUCUUGUUAAAUUUAGAAAUUUAAUUCUUUAGGAUAAUAAGCUGAAUGAGUGAAAUUGUUCGUAGCUGAACGUUGUGUUUAAGAAUGAAUCGGAUUUACAAUAUGGUGUGGAGCCUCUGUAUACUGAGUUGGAUAUUAUUGUGUUCAAGAUUUCAAGCGUCAGGUUUUGUCACCGACAGGGAAUGUUACGACAACUGUAACUGUUGUAAGAAUAAUAAAUGCCAUUCUGACUAUGGUUGGACUAAUGUCUGCAUAGACGGAUGUAUCGAUCAUCACAGAGGUGUUAGAUGUUAUGAGCUAUGUACAUACAAUUGCACAACAUGUAACAAUAACAGGGAUAUAUGCACUGAAUGUUUCGAGGGUUUUUAUCCUGGAUCAAAUAAAGAUUGUACAUCGAAAUGUCCCACCAACUGUAAAGCUUGCACUUCUAACAUAAUGUGCACUGCUUGUAAGAAUGGAUAUUACAACAAAGAUGGUUCGACAACGUGCCCGUACGCUCUUUGUCCAGCAAAUUGUGUGUGUAGUGGGAUUCACUGUACAACUUGUAAAAUCGGCUUUUAUGACAUAGGCAAUGAAUGUAGUAAAAAAUGUCCACCUAACUGUAUGUCCUGUUUAUCUAGGGAAAAUUCUGGACAUUGUAGGGACUGCAUGAAAAAUCAUUACGGACCCCUCUGUAGUAAGAUAUGUUCUAAAAAUUGCAAUGCUUCACAAAAUAGUGACUCAAGUUAUUGUGCUUCAUCCGACGGGGCAUGCAUAUAUGGUUGUAAAAUCGGCUUCUUUGGUCGUACAUGUAAUGAAACAUGCAGCUGUUAUUGUAUUGACAAUGUGUGUAAACAGGACAGUGGUGUAUGUGUGAAAGGAUGUACAGGCUCAUACGAGGAUCCGGCAUGUGCUUUCAGCUUUGGAAAAUCUGAUGACGAUUCAACAGCAACACCUACAAAUAUUGUUUUAGCAACACUCUUGGCUUUGACUACUACUGCGUUGUGUAUCUUAAUUUUAUGGAUAAUAGUAAGGAAAACACGAUCUACAGACAGGCAAACCGGGGAUUCAUUGUGUCAAAUUCCAGAACAUUCUUUGGCAAUGAAUCAAACUUCACAAAACCGAAGUGUUGUUGGACUGUCUGAAGCAGAUAAUACCGCCUAUGAGGUUCUCGAUAGGACUGAGGGUGCACCAGAACAUACGUAUGAAACAUCUUCUCCCACCGCACCAAAAAGUACGGUCAAUUCUGGGAUCACAGAAUAUUUGAAUCUUCAAAUCCAAAAACCAUGAAAUGCCAGUCUUCAUUCAAGGUCGUUUUCUACACAACACGAAAAAGGACCUGACAGUCUCCCUGUACUUGGAUUCAAUUAUGUUUUCUUGUUCUUUGGGAUCAUGGAGUCCAUUCAACAUAAGUUUAAUAGAGUUCCGCUUUGAUAGAAUUCUGCUUAGGCGGUUGCUAUGGGGUGUAAGAGGAAUUGUACAUCUAUAGAUAGAUAGAUAGAUUUAUUUCUGCAUAAAAUGUAUACAAAAAUGGAUAUAUAUCAAAACAUGUAUGUAAAAGAACAUAAAUGAAUUGAACAUAUUGCCAUAUUGCCAUGUAAGUCUUCAUCUUAUUACCACUCAUGAAUAGACUCGUUUAAGUCUGUUAUUAUUCUUCUUGGAUGCAUUGUAUGCUUCCAAUGGAUCUUUGGACAGAUUUAAUUGACUUUAAAUUACAUUUUGUCGUUUGACUGCUCAUGCUUAUUUUGUAACUAUUCCCAGUGUAAUCUGCAUAAAAAAAAACAUUUCAAAGAAAGAAUUCAUCAAUACUAAAAUGAUUGUUCAUUUAUGAAGUGCACAUUUGAAGAGAUUUUGAGCACUUUCGCAAAUAGUCAGUUAAAACAACGUUUAGUUGCACUACAUAUUGUAUCGCUUGUGUCUUUUCACCUUCAGCUAAUGAGUUUUAACAUAUCAAAGUUGGAUAUAAACCUUGAAGUUAUUAUCGAGAUCGGUUAGUAAGCACGGUUUAAAAGAAGAAAAGUACUUAAAUAUAUUUUUAUGUUAUAAGGAAUGGAACCUAUGAAAAGUCAUUUUUAUGCCAUGUAGUACUAGUAUCUAGUUAUUUAAUUAAUAUGAUUUCAUUAUACAAAGCGAACGCAGACUUUAAUAACACCAAUUCUACAUUAUUUGCAAUAUGUACGAUCUACUGACGUUACACAAUAAAAAAGAAAACAUCUCCAAAAGGAGGUAAAGAUAAAAAUAAGACAUUUGCCAUUGGCAAUGAAAAGAUCUGCAGUCCAUUUUUGAAAAAAAAGAAAUUUUUCAAAUUGAUGUGUAGUUUACAAUCGAUUCAACCGAUAUAUAACACUUACUUCGUCUCAUUUCUGUGUACGUAUUCUCAUUUAUAAUAAGACUUGUUGUUUUUAAUAAAUGGUUUAGUUUUCGUUUGGAAAAUUAAUAUAAUUAUGUUUGUAGUAAAUAUACUUUUUGAAAUUCGACGUAAAGUUGUUUUAUUUGUUUUGAUCAUAGUAUUAUACAUUUCAUAGUUUUAGAAACAUGUUAAUUAAAACACGAAAAAUCACAUUGUUGCUAAUAUUUAAUGAGCUUUAAUUUGUGAAGUGUAUCUUAAUAUUGUUCUGUAAUAACCAGGAACAAUGAAGAGUAAAGAACAAUAUGCAUAAUAAAGUAUUGUAAAAGAUUGUAAAUUAAUCAGGGUAUCUUUAAACUUAAAAACUACUACGCCUCUGCAGUAAUGUGCAAAUCAAAUCUUAAAACAAUUUAUUCAAAUCUAGUGGGCAUAUCCCUUUACCAUUUAUCCAACAUAUUUUCUAAUGUCAAUGUCACCUGAUCGAUUUUUAAUCCGAUAGACUGAAAGACCUUAACCUAACACCGGUUUUUAAACUUUAAACAUUCUGCUAAUUGUUUUGCGUUCCAAUUUGUAAACACAAUACAAAUUAUUGAGGAUAGUAUCCACCGUAAAGAUAGUAUCAGUAAUAAUAAUAACUUCCUUCUUUACUAUCUAUUGAAAC